AUGGGUGUCGGCCAAUCUAAAAGUGAUGAUCUUGCUGUAUUAGAUGAGAAUACCUAUGAGGUAUUAUCAAGAUAUACCAAGUUGAAACGUGAUGAUAUUCUUGCUUGGCAUGAACGUUUUACACAACAAUGUACUGGAAAUUUAAAAACAAUGAAUAAAGAACAAUUUUGUAAAUUUUACAAAGAACUUCGUCCUCAAGAAAAUGUGGAUCGACUAAGUGAGUGUGUAUUUCGUGCAUUUGAUUUGGACGGUGAUCAUGGUAUCAGCUUUACAGAAUUUUUAAUAGCUUAUAUUUCAACAACUGAAGCACCACUCGAACAAAAACUUCGUUAUGCAUUUAAUGUCUACGAUAUAGAUAAAAAUAGUUCAAUUGAUCGUGCUGAAAUUAUAUUGGUUUUACGUUCAAUGUUUGAAUUAUUGGGAAUGUCUGAUGCACCAGAGAAAUAUUCCUAUGAACAAUGUGCUGAUAAUAUAAUGAAAAAUCUCGAUUCAAACUCUGAUGAACGAAUAUCCAAGGAAGAAUUUAUUCAAGGAUUGAAAAAUGAUCCAUUUUUACAAAGUUUAAUGAAUCCAUUUCAACAUGUUUAA